AUGAAAGUUCAUAGCUCCGGCAAGCUCAAAACUGGACUUUUUGCCGCCAGCUGCCUCCUAACGGCGGCGGCCACCACCAUCACUACUACCGCCGACUCUCUCUCGUAUGCCCGGUCUAUUUUUUACCAUACUCACCAGCUCAAUGCGUAUAUGUACAAUACCAGGAUACGAGCCAAUGCUACAGCCUGUGCUGCUACUGGGAAUGUGAAACAAGGACAGCAAGUACAUAGCUUAGUGAUAAAAAAUGGACUGUUAUAUGAUAAUUAUGUACUCCGUAUUUAACACUUUGAUUCAAGUGUAUGCGAAAUCUAGAUGCUUUGCUUUGCAGAAGCGCGUGCUUUGCUUGAUAGGUCACUGACUGAUGAUGUGAUUGCAUGGAAUGCAUUAUUGAGUGUUCAUACAGAACUGGGUUUGACUGAGUUUGCACGCGAGCUGUUCACUGAAAUGCCUGAGAAGAAUCUUGAGUCUCGGAAUUUUAUGCUUUCUGGGUAUGCGAUGUUAAGUGGGUGCAGUAUGCUUAGUGAAGUGAUAUUGCUUUUCAAGGAUAUGCAGAGAUCAGAUAUGAAGCCUGAUGAUUGUACCCUUGUGAAUGUUCUGUCUGCCUGUGCUGGUGUUGGAGGUUUGAGUCAAGGGAAGUGGAUUCGUGCUUACAUUAAUAACGAAAUUCAGGAUAGAGGUUUUCUUGCUACCACUCUUGUUGAUAUGUACUCAAAGUGUGGGGAUAUUGGGAAGCCAUUGAAAGUGUUUGGAAGUACAGUGAGAAAGGGCAUUAGCACAUGGAAUUCCAUGAUUGUAGGGCUAAGCAUCCAUGGUUUAGCAGAGCAGGCAUUGGAGGUUUUUGGUGAAAUGGUUGCUAGUGGGAUUAAACCCAAUGGAGUCACUUUUGUAUGUCUUGUGUCAGCCUGCAGCUAUGGAGAUUAUUAAACAAGGGUCGGAUUGUUAAACAAGGGCCGUGAGAUGUUUCAUGCAAUGGUUUCUGAUUAUGAAAUUCAGCCUGCUAUUCAGCAUUAUGGUUGUAUGGUUGAUCUACUGGGCAGGUCGUUUGGAUUCUUGAAGGAAGCUGAAGAACUUGUGAGGGAAAUCCCACUGGAAGAUGCUCCUGCCAUUUGGGAAUCCCUUUUGAGUGCUUGCAGAAACCACAGCCAUGUUGAAUUGGCUUAAUCCAUUGCAACUAAGCUUUUAGAAUCCAAUCCCCAGGUAAGCUCUGGUUAUGUUGAGCUAUCAAAUGUUCAUUCCUUGAUGGGAAGAUGGGAUGAAGCCAUGGAAGUUCAACGGAAGAUGAGGAAUCAGGGGGUGACUAAAGAGCCAGGAUGCAGCAUCAUAGAAAUUGAUGGAGUUGUUCAUAAAUUCUUGGCUGGUUAAGGAAUGAUUACCUAA